UUCUCGACGGGGGCGCGCACGUCACGACAGUCAUCUCAGUCAGAUGUAGGGGAGGAGGGCAGACCACGAAAUAUUAACUAUUAGGAACAGGGUAUUUACACUGAAUCAUCAGUGAAGUCAAGCCCACAGACUGUGUGGCUGAGAAUUCAGUUAAAUUGACCCUGGUCUGCCACGUGGUGUGGAGGCCUUGCUGGGUGGGAGGAAACAUGAUGAGCGGGAAGAGCCUGCUCCUGAAGGUGAUCCUGCUGGGCGACGGUGGAGUGGGCAAGUCCUCCCUAAUGAACCGCUAUGUCACAGACCGCUUUGACUCCCAGUCCUUUCACACCAUCGGUGUGGAGUUCCUAAACCGGGACCUGGAGGUGGAUGGGCGCUUGGUCACUCUUCAGAUCUGGGACACAGCAGGCCAGGAGCGCUUUAAGUCCCUGCGCACACCUUUCUACCGAGGCGCCGACUGUUGCCUGCUCACAUUUGCUGUAAACGACCUGCAAAGCUUCCAGAAUCUCGGCUGCUGGAAGAAGGAGUUCAUGUACUACUCGGAUGUUAAAGACCCUGAGCGGUUCCCUUUUGUGGUGCUGGGCAAUAAGGUAGACAUGGAGCGGAGGGAGGUGGGGGAGGACGAGGCACGGGCCUGGUGUGAAGAGAACGGCUGCUGCCCUUACUUUGAGACCAGUGCUAAGGAUGACACUAAUGUCACAGCUGCAUUCGAGGCAGCUGUCAGGGAGGUUCUGGCUGCUGAGGACCAGAUUGACCAUACACUACUGAGUAGUACUAUCGAUCUCCAUGGCAACCGCAAAACCUCUCGCACGUCUUGCUGCUGAUUGGUCAGGUGGGAUUCCACCUUGUCUUAAUUUAUUUAUCUAAAAUCUGCCCAUGGCAGUUUUGAGAGCCAGUAAAGAUAUUGUUAAUGGUACACAUACUGUAGGUACAAGGUAUUGAGUACAGUAUCCCCUAAACAUAAUGUGGAUAAGAUGCAGCUGCCCUGAGGAGGGCUGUGUAAAUGAUUCAGCUGAAUUAUUGCUCUAACCAAGGUACAGGCACACUGUAACAGGCACACUCGUCCUUCGUACUAUGUCUGCUUUCAGUAUUGUUGCACAAACACAUUUUCACCCAGUGUCAGUUUUGUCUGCCUAUGCAGGGGUUGUAUCAAAUUGUGCUUUCAGAGCAUUUAUUUUAAUUCAAAUGUUAAAUAAUACAGUGGAUGAGCGCAACCAGUCCUCUCUUGAAGAGCACACUCUACACAAGAGCACACUUUGGCACAUCAACAUACAGUUGUUCUUGUAACUGCUCAACAGUUCGUCCAUGAGCGGAUUUUUUCUGGGUUUUAAAUGGACAUUGAAUACAACAUCACAUUUUCUUGUUAUCAGCUCCUUCAGCAAAAGUGGAGAGCUAAUGUAUUUUCUGGACACAAUCCAUGCAGAUCUUAUGCAUGAGAAGCCCCAAAAAACAUAAUGAUGACCAAUAUGAUUUGAGGUACGAGGAACUUAAAAUACUGCUGCUUUAAAAAGCAGGAUGACCGUGUUUGUCUUCAGUGGGAAGGGAACUGUAAACUUUCAUUUCGCAGCUCUGCCUGUAAGCAUUGGGUACGCGCUAAUGCGGUGCCCUUAUUCAUUUGUCUAUUAUAUGUAUUACCACUGCACUACUGUGUAGCUGGAUGUUGCAGGUGUACGAGCUAGGCAUUAUUGGAUCAUUUUUAUUUCCCAAGAUUUAUGUACAUGGGCCUGUUUCAGUGUUCAGUGUUUCUCGAAGUUAAAACGUAAUACUGCUUUUGCUGCUGUUGUUGAUGAACCGCUGUUUAUUUUUCUGUGAAGGACAUUUCUAUCUUCCGAUGUGUUUUUUUUGUUUGUGUUUUUUUGUUUACGGACGUGCGAUAUUCUGUUCGAUCAAGGGCU